ACAGGCAUCUUCUUUAUCUGUUUUCCGGUUCGCAAGCAAAAAUGAUUAGUCGUGGAUUGCUUGCCGUAGGCCUACUGACAGCUUCGACUUCUGCAACGGUGUAUUUCACAGAGAAUUUCGACGAUAAAUGGGAGAGCCGGUGGGUGGUGCCCAGCAAGUGGAAGGCAGCUGAGGAGAUUGGUGAAUGGGCCCACACUGCAGGAGAGUGGUUCGGAGACGCCGCGGACAAGGGCAUCAAAACCUCCCAGGACGCCCGCUUCUACGGGCUGUCCGCCAAGCUGGCCAAACCCUUCUCGAAUGAAGGCAAGGACCUGGUCUUGCAGUACGUGGUGAAGCACGAGCAGCGUUUGGACUGCGGAGGCGCCUACAUUAAAUUGCUGGGACCUGAGCUCGACCAGGCUUCCUUCGGGGGCGACACCCCUUACCAGAUCAUGUUUGGGCCCGACGUGUGCGGAUCCACCAAGCGCACGCAUGUGAUUUUUAACUACCCCGAGGCGAAGGGCGAGGACAAGAACCUACUGAUCAAGACGGACGUGCCCACCCGCACGGACCAACUCAGCCACCUGUACACCCUGCACAUCAUGGCUGCCAACAACUCCUUCAACGUCUUGAUCGACGGUGAGUCCGUGCGUGAGGGCUCCCUGGAGGAGUCCUGGGACUUCCGGCCCCCCAAGACCAUCCCCGACCCUGAGCAGAGCAAGCCGGCGGACUGGGUGGACGAGGAGAUGAUGGCGGAUCCCGCGGACGUCAAGCCGGAGGGGUACGACGACAUCCCUGCCACCCUGCCCGAUUCGGAGGCCGUCCAGCCCGAGGACUGGGACGAGGAGGAGGACGGCGUCUGGGAGGCGCCCAUGGUGGACAAUCCCGACUACAAGGGCCCCUGGUCCCCCAAGAUGAUCCCCAACCCGGACUACAAGGGCGCAUGGGAACACCCGCACAUUCCUAACCCCGAAUACUCGCCCGACCCCAAGCUGCACGCCCGUGCCACGGAGGUGACGGCCGUCGGCUUCGAGCUUUGGCAGGUGAAAUCGGGCACCAUGUUCGACGACAUCAUCCUGACAGAUUCGCUGGAUGAGGCCACCGAAUACGCCAAGGAGACCUUCUGGAAGAAGCAGGAGGGCGAGAAGGCCAUGUUUGAGAAGGCUGAAGAAGAACGAGUGGAGAAGGAGAAGGCGGAGCGUGAGGAGAUGAAGAAGAAGGCGGAAGAGAACGGGGAACCCUUCGAAGAGGGGGACAGCCCAUUCUCUGUCUCCGACAUGGAAAUCACAGAGGACGAGGACGAGGAUGAUGAGGACUGGGAGGAUGAGGAGGAAGAGGAUGACGAGAACUCCUUUACCAUGGAGCUCUAAGAGCGAAAUGACUUUUCUCUCAGUGUAAACUCCUGAUUUUCUCGUGGUCGUCUUGUGGGAGGUAGCAUCUCGAGGUUUGUCGCAAAUUAUGAGUGUGCGCCUCCUUUAUGAGGCAUGAAAGCUGUUUUGUUACGAAAUGAUGCGAUGAGUGGCGCGCCGUAGACACCAGGAAAAUGUGAGUUUUCUGCUUAAAGCGAGAACCGAUUGCAUCAGCCAUCACAAAGCCCGAGCGUGGCUCCCUCCUCUCGCCUCGGAGGAUGCCGGGGAAGAGGAUUGCAGUCGUUUUCAGGGUUAUCAGGGCUUAAUGUCAAUCAUAGAAUUAAAAUGAAACCCGAAAA